AGUAAAGCACUGGGCAUUAAUUAGAUUAAAACUCAUCAAAUCAGAGUCAAGUCUGAAUUCUAUGAUUCAAUGGCCAACUGUACACUUCAGCUGAGAAGAAGAGUAUUGUGGUAUGGGGUCCACCUCUGCAAGUGCACAUCAUCUCAAGUGCCUGGAAAUAAUUUGUCCACUGUCUUUGGAUGCCCCUUGGCAAUCACUCACUAUCGAGAGAAGCAUCGAACAUUACCACAUGGCCUACAGAGAUUAGGUGAAGUAACUUGGUACCAUUCGUCUGGUGUACUUAGUGAUCUCCACGAAAAGAUUAGGAUACUUGAUGACCUCUCGUACCACCGUGUGGCUGACGAGACUUUGGAGGAGUUGGCCGAGUUCUUUGAUGAGUUGGGAGACAGUGGCCUCUGUCCGGAGGACUACGACUGCACACUAGCCAGUGGUGUCCUGAAUGUCAAGUUAGGAAACCUUGGUUCGUAUGUCAUUAAUAAGCAGUCCCCUAACAAGCAAAUAUGGCUCUCCUCUCCCACCAGUGGUCCCAAACGAUACGAUGUAAUUGAGGGAAGGUGGCGGUACUCACAUGAUGGGGAGGCCCUUCACGACCUGCUCACAAGGGAAAUCAGUCAAGCCCUGGACACUGAAUUGGACUUUAGCAAAUUGAAACACUCUUACCUCAUUUCUGAUGGAGACAAUUGGAGCUAGAAUUGUAAUGUUAAUAUUGUUAUUGUUCUGCUGAAUCACAAGUACUAAAUCUGA